AUGGGUUCCAAGAAAGACAAACCCAAAAAACAAACCUGGUCCCGCCUAGACACGCUAAUCUACCUAGCUGGCGGCCAUCCACACCACCUCGCCCGGCGCUACAUCCACAUGCGUCUCGGCUUCUCCAAACCCUCCUCUUCCUGUUCUGUCACUCUCCCCUUCCCCGCUUGGCCCUGCCCCAACUCCCCCGAUCAUCACCUGCACACCUAUGUUGACCCGCACACGUAUUACACCGUCUUCUACCCCGUCUGCACAGACGCAUGGUGUCCGUGGAACUUUCAGCACCACCAGACCUCACAAAACGAUACUGAAAGGGUAGGAAUCCCAAGAGAGGCGAGGGGUGUGCCUGUGCCGGCGGCGAUGGUGGAGCAGAAUUGGGGGCGAUUGUUGGAGGGGAUGGCUGCUCAAGAAGGGGAGCACUUACCGCCGAACAUUGUGACGAUUGUGCCGCCGGAGGAUUUGAGGGGGGAUAUUGAGAGGGAGGGGGAGGAUUCGGCGUGGAGGGGAUUGCAGAUCAAUAAGCCACUUGAUGUUCGUGCCCGUCGGGUUUCGGCAGGGGAUAUUGAGGGAGAGGAAGAGCGAGGUCCGACUGAGGGCCAGGCCCAAGGUCAGCAGGGACAACAACCAGCCCAAGAGGGCCAACAACAACAGACGACAGCAGCAGCAGCAGCAGCAGCAGGUCACGAACAGCUCCAGCCAGAGGGAGCGCGACCUCCUGGAGCCCAAGGAGAAGGGGAACGGCCUGCUGCAACUGGGGGAGGAGAAGGAUGGGGUGAACCAACUGAAGCUCAGGCUCAAGCUGCUGGAGGAGCAGAGGCGCAGGGGGAGCAGCCUCAGGGUUAA